AUGGCUGCUGGUUCGCUUUGACUCAAUGCAAACAAAUGUCCCUCUCUACCCCCUGGCCUAGGGCACCCCCCAUUCUGAACAUUUGCCCCUCUCAAGGCAGAGCACUUUAGCAUUUAAGGCUGCCCCAUCUGCUGCCUUGUGCCCAAAGAAACUCCAGUACCGGCACUGCCCCACUCGGGAGCUUUGCCCAGCCAGCUGGUGGUGGCGGAGCCAGAAAGCAGCCUUGUGCCCCAGGUGUGCCAGGCCUGGCUUGAGGCUGCAGUGGAACAAUUUGUACAAAAAGAAUUAGCGGCGGCGGCAGGCAGGCCUGGAGGGAAUAUUCCGGCUGGUAAAUGUGCUGAACUCUGUGGGCCCCACCCAGCUGGGAAGUGAGUUUCCGGAGCUGCCACAUAAUCUUGGUGCUUUGAAUGCUCUAUUUUUAGGGCUGCUUUCAACUGAUUUGGGAGCUGCACCGCUUGCCCUUGGCCUCGCUGUCUCAGUAGGUCGGGGGAGUGGGCAGGCCCACCUCCCCAAUUCUCUCCCUACCCCAGCCGAGCAAGGAUGUUUCAAUCUGCAAUCUCAGAAGCAAAGGUCGGAGCAGGAGACUAAUCACUCUCUCACCUUCCUUGUUUUUCUGCAGAGACACUCUGGCGACAGGACUGGCCCCCUCGAGGCAUCGCAGACCCCAAAUCUCCUGGCCCUCUCUCAAGCUCUGGUGAGUCUCAUUCCGCUUCUUCGGCUGCACGUACACACCUUGCACUUAAAGCACCACCUGCACCAAAAAUCCCAGAGAACUGUAGGUUGCUGGGAAUUGUAGCUCUGUGAGGGGUGAACUACACUUCCCAGAAUUCUUUGGGGAGGGAAAAUGUGCUUUAAAUGGAUGGUACUCUUGGUCUCCCUUUGCCUACAGUCCUGAACACAAACGUUAAGAAACAAGGUUGGCUCUGAGGCGGAGGAGGCGCUUUGCUGUCCUUUCUCGCCAAACCAGCAUGGUCAAUGAUCAGGGAUUGUGGGAACUAUGAAAAUAUCUGUAGGGCACCAUGUGACAGAAAGCUGGUCUAUAUCCUUCUGAGUGCAAGACUGAAGUGUCCCUCCAAUUUUACUCCAGGGACAACCCCCCUGUCUGCCCUAAAUAGCAAAAGAUUAGAGAAAUGUUGAAUUACAAUAGUCCUCUAAGGUAGGCCAGUAUAUCUGAAGGAGCGUCUCCACCCCCAUCGUUCUGCCCAGACACUGAGGUCCAGUGCCAAGGGCCUUCUGGCAGUUCCCUCACUGUGAGAAGCCAAGUUACAGGGAACCAGGCAGAGGGCCUUCUCGGUAGUGGCACCUGCCCUGUGUAACAUCCUCCCACCAGAUGUCAAAGAGAAAAACAACUACCAGACUUUUAGAAGACAUCUGAAGGCAGCCCUGUUUAGGGAAGCUUUUAAUGUUUGACAGACUAUUGUAUUUUAAUAUUUUGUUGGAAGCCACCCAGAGUGGCUGGGAAACCCAGCCAGAUGGGCGGGGUAUAAAUAAUAAAUUAUUGUUAUUAUAGGCCAAUACUAUCAUUCCCUCUUCAGCUCACCCUCAUUCCUACUCCAGAUACAUAGAAACUGGCAGAGGAGAGAGCUUGGUGAAAGCAUAAGCCCUCAGUAUUACAGGUGAAGAUGUUAUGGACCGGCUGUCCUGCCUCAGGCUUGCCUUUAAGUGCCACAAACAAGGUCUUUGUACAUGGAGCAGGCCGCCUCAGGCCUUGAGGCGACUGAGUCUCAGCAAUGAGAAUUGAGUCAUGUAGACACGCAGCAAGGGUUCACAAUGUGAAAAUUCACUUAUCUGCGAAUCACAGCAUGCGCAGAUGCGCAGUCACAGGUUGCGUUCACUUCUGGAUGCGAACGGGGCUCCGGAACGGAUCCCAUUCAUAUCCAGGAGUACCACUGUAGUUGUUUUUCUCUUUGACAUCUGGUGGGAGGGCGUUCCACAGGGCAGGUGCCACUACCGAGAAGGCCCUCUGCGUAGCAGGGGAGGAAAGAAUUAACCCUCCCCCUGCCCGCUCGUGCCCACCACAAUCCCCAUCCUGAUGCCCACCCACCUUAAAUGCAAUGGUACAUUUCAUUUGACGUGUGUGCCCUUUGGUCCCCAGCAGUCCCCUUCUCGCCACAUGACGUGUUUCAAGUAUUUUUUACAUGUAAAAAAAAAUAUGACAUGUCAGGCACAUCAUACAUAUUGUGUUGUAGAGACAACCUCACCAGGGAGCUCCGAAAUGGCCCCUUCCCUUGCCCAUUUUGUAUGACAAACAGUGGGGUGGGGGCCUAUCCUUGUGUGUCUUGCUGCUUCUACUCCCCUCUUCCUGCAGCGGCUCGCAGCUGGAUGCAGGGGGUGAGGUUUUCAAGAAGUGAAAAGCUCUCUCACCUUGUGACCUGCUGCCACCUGAUUCAUAGCUCUCUUUUCUCUUCCAGCUCACGCCCCAAGGUCUCUCCCAGAUGCCUCCCCUCUCCUGCCGCUGCUGCCGCUGCCAGUUGGGGUUCCUGGUGAUGUGAUUUUAUCUUGA